AGCAUAAAAGGCAUUUCUUCCCUCUCAACGUUUUCAGUUUCUUGUAGCUGAAACUCAGCUUGUCAGCUCUGAGAUGAGUGCUGCAGAGCCUGCAGAGGCUUUUCUGGGCAUGUUCAGAACCACAGACAGACUGCAGGAAGGUGAGAACGAUAAAAAACUCCAAGGAAAAUGUCUCAGACUUGUCUCCCCCAUGUCUCCUGCCUGGCUUUACGGCUGCUAUGCAGUGAUUAUCGUCCUCACUGUAGCUGUGAUUGCACUUUCUGUUGCUCUGUCAUUGUCGGGAGAAAAGCCAGAACAGGUCUCAGUCAAAAAUACCUAUGCUGUUUGUCCAAGAGACUGGAUUGGUUUUGGGAGUAAAUGUUUUUAUUUUUCUGAAGACACAAGCAACUGGACAUUCAGUAAGGAAAUCUGCAUGAAACAAAAGGCUCAGCUAUCUCAAUUUGACAACAUGGAGGAACUGAAUUUCCUGAGGAGAUACAAAGGGACCUUUGACUACUGGAUCGGCCUGCACAGAGAGUCACCAAAGCACACUUGGAGGUGGAUAGACCACACAGAGUAUAACAGCUCGGUUCCCAUCCGAGGAGUGGAAGACUAUGCCUACCUGAGCAACAAUGGGAUCAGCAGUGCCAGGAUGUAUACAGAUAAGAGAUGGAUCUGUACCAAUCCCAACAGCUAUAUCCUCGAAUGCCAAAUUCCUUUUGCUUCUUUCUAGUCUUUGUUAAGAGAUGUUUUUUAACCUAAUAUCUACAGUUGCUGCUCUAGUCCCCAUCUUCCAACAUUGUUAUCAAAAGAAACUGAGUAUUUGUUGACAUCACAACUGAAAAUCAUGUUGGAAAAUGGCACAUACAUGGGCUUAGAAGAACACUGGUAUGUGUAAAAUGAAUGCUGUUACUCAUGUCCUAAGCCUCA